AUGAGGUCUCCGUUGGGAUUCCUGAUGCUUGCGCAGGGGCUCAUUGCCCCUGCUGCUGCUGUCAUCACACAACCUCCUGCCAGCGCUGCGUACCCACGCUUCAACUGUGAUCAGACGGCAUACAUCGUCGAAUCUGAUACUCUCAUUGCCAUCGAUCCAAUAACGGGCGCUAACACGAUUAUCAACACUGCCGUCUGGCCGAACUCGCUGAAUGCUAUGGGCUAUAACCCGGUCGACAAUUUCCUUUACGCACUCGACUCUGUUACCAAUGCUGUCAUUCAGAUAGCCUCAAAUGGCAACGGACGAAGCAUAGGUAUACCCCUUUACCCGAUAACCCCAGCCGACUUUUUCUUCGUCGGUGAUUUCGACUCCAACGGCCAGCUUUGGUUUGCCUAUGAUACCUAUUAUGUCCAGCUGGACCUUUUCCCGGGAUCUGCGACAUAUGGAUCUAUCAUAAAAACCGGUGUUCUCGACACCCUGGGGUACUUUAUAGCUGAUUGGGGAUUUAUUCCAAACAGUGGGGGCUUCUUUUAUACCAUUGCUGGCACUAGCGGAAGCAACAGCCCCACCUCGACUAUGCUGCGCUGGAAUUCUGUUACAAACCAAUUCUCAGUCGUAACGACGUAUGGCUUCGUUGCCGGACAAAACGUUUGGACGUCCGUCUACCCUACUCAAGACGGGUUCCUGUAUGCCCUGGAGGACUCGACAGGCCAGCUGUGGAGAUUCCCCAUCAGUGGAGGAGCUCCUGUCUUCGUCGCACAAGAGCCAGUUCCAAACUCGAGGAGCGAUGGAGCACGCUGCGCGCAGCACCCUAAUCCUGCAACUGUCACCAGAACCACCUACAUCUCAGGCACUAGCGCCUACACAUCGACCUUUACACAGUCUGGGACUUCCACAGGCGUAGUCAUUGUCGGAGACCCCGCAAGUACCAUCACGACCACGACCUUCAUUUCUGCCGGUAACCCUCCCUUCACGUCGACCAUCUCCCAGAGUGGGACCGUCCCGGGACGCGUUAUCAUUGGGGACCCCGUUACCACAAACACCGUCACCACAUUGAUUUCUGGAACGCCAUUCACUCUUACCAUCCCGCAGGUCGGCACUACACCCGGUACCGUAGUCAUUGGGGACUCGAUAACUACCACUACGAUUACCACCUACGUGUCAGGCCCUGCCUUUACGUCGGUAUUUUCUCAGACUGGCACCGUUCCCGGCACCGUGAUAAUUGGCGACCCUGUCAACACAAGGACGAUCACCACGUUGGUGUCAGGUGUGCCCUUCACCUCGACUAUUUCUCAGUCUGGCACGAUCCCUGGUACGGUGAUUAUUGGAGACACAUUCAGCACUAAUACUAUUACCACCUUGGUGUCCGGCCCAGCAUUCACGUCGACCGUCGCGCAAUCAGGCACAGUGCCAGGUACAAUCAUUAUUGGAGAUUCAUUCAGCACAACUACUAGAACUACCCUGGUGUCCGGAUCGCCGUUCACGUCCACCGUCUCGCAAUCGGGCACUAUACCAGGUACGGUGAUUAUUGGGGAUACGUUCAGCACGAAUACUAUAACCACCCUGGUGUCCGGCUCGCCAUUCACUUCAACCGUCUCGCAAUCAGGCACUAUACCAGGUACAGUCAUUAUUGGAGAUUCACUUAGCACUACUACUAGAACCACCCUGGUGUCCGGCCCGGCGUUUACGUCUACCAUUUCACAAUCAGGCACAGUUCCCGGCACGGUGAUUAUUGGGGAUCCAUUCAGCACCAAUACUAUAACUACCCUGGUGUCCGGCCCGGCGUUUACGUCUACCGUCCCACAGUCAGGUACUAUACCAGGUACGGUUAUUAUUGGAGACCCCGUGUCUACAGUAACAAUCACCACCCUGAUUCCAACUGGUCCUGCCUUCACAUCCACGGUCUCCCAAUCAGGCACCAUCCCAGGUACGGUUAUUAUUGGAGAUCCUGUAAGCACUGUCACAGUUACCACGCUCGUGUCUGGUCCAGCCUUUACGUCAACAGUCUCGCAAUCUGGCACCGUCCCUGGAACGGUGAUUAUUGGUGACCCAUUCUCCACUACUACCGUCACCACUCUCGUCUCAGGGCCUGCCUUCACUUCGACUGUGUCGCAAUCUGGCACUGUUCCUGGAACAGUGAUUAUCGGCGACCCCUUUGCGACUGUCACAGUUACCACGCUCGUCUCAGGGCCUGCCUUCACGUCGACAGUCCCACAAUCUGGGACUGUCCCUGGAACGGUGAUAAUUGGUGAUCCCUUUGCCACUACUACCGUCACGACUCUCGUCUCAGGACCUGCCUUCACCUCCACGGUGCCGCAAUCUGGCACUGUCCCGGGAACAGUAAUAAUUGGUGAUCCCUUUGCCACUACUACUAUUACCACUCUCGUCUCAGGACCUGCCUUCACUUCGACGGUGCCGCAAUCUGGUACUAUCCCUGGAACGGUGAUUAUUGGUGAUCCUUUUGCUACUACCACCAUUACCACUCUCAUCUCAGGGCCUGCCUUCACCUCCACGGUAUCGCAAUCUGGAACUGUCCCUGGAACGGUGAUAAUUGGGGACCCCUUUGCCACUACUACCAUUACCACUUUCGUCUCAGGACCUGCCUUCACCUCCACGGUACCGCAAUCUGGCACCGUCCCUGGAACGGUGAUAAUUGGCGACCCCUUUUCAACAGUUACCAUUACUACCUUGGUUCCUGGACCUGGGUUUACAUCGGUAAUUUCGCAGUCAGGUGUAGACCCUGGAACAGUAAUCAUUGGGGAUUCAUUCACUACCACGACCAGAACAACCUUAGUUUCUGGACCGGCAUUUACAUCUACAGUGCCACAAUCUGGCACAGUCCCAGGCACGGUUAUUAUUGGGGAUCCGUUCGCCACCAACACCAUUACGACUCUCGUCUCUGGGCCGGCCUUUACCUCCACUGUUGCGUCCCAGUCAGGUACUGUCCCAGGUACCGUUGUAAUUGGCGAUCCAUUUACUACGAACACCAUAACCACCUUUGUCUCGGGACCAGCAUUUACCUCCACUGUUGCGUCCCAGUCGGGUACUAUCCCGGGAACCGUCAUUAUUGGUGAUCCGUUCUCUACGAAUACCAUAACCACCCUCGUUUCUGGGCCAGCUUUCACCUCAACCGUGGCGUCCCAAUCUGGCACUAUCCCAGGUACUGUUAUAAUUGGCGAUCCAUUUACUACGAACACUAUAACCACCUUCGUCUCUGGACCGGCAUUCACAUCUACUGUCGCAAGUCAGUCGGGUACCAUCCCAGGCACAGUUGUAAUUGGUGAUCCAUUUACCACAAAUACUAUAACCACGUUUGUAUCUGGACCGGCAUUUACAUCUACUAUUGCAAGUCAGUCAGGCACAGUCCCCGGCACCGUCGUUAUUGGCGACCCAUUCACGACGAACACAAUCACCACCCUUGUCUCGGGGCCAGCCUUCACCUCAACCGUGGCGUCCCAAUCUGGCACAGUUCCCGGUACAGUAAUUAUAGGGGAUCCCUUCGCCACUACCACCAUCACUACUCUCGUGUCGGGGCCGGCUUUCACCUCGACCGUGGCGUCCCAAUCUGGCACAGUCCCUGGCACGGUAAUUAUAGGGGAUCCAUUCGCUACCACUACUAUUACCACGUUCGUUUCAGGGCCCGCCUAUACCUCAACUGUCGCGUCUCAAUCAGGCACUGUACCUGGCACGGUAAUCAUAGGGGAUCCAUUCGCUACCACUACUAUCACAACUCUCGUCUCAGGGCCAGCCUUUACCUCAACGGUAGCGUCCCAAUCUGGCACUAUUCCUGGCACAGUGAUUAUAGGGGACCCGUUCGCUACCACUACGAUUACUACAUUCGUAACUGGUCCUGCUUUUACCUCCACUGUUUCACAGUCAGGAACGGUCCCAGGCACAGUGAUUAUAGGGGAUCCAUUCGCAACCACUACAAUUACUACGUUCGUCUCUGGUCCCGCUUUCACCUCCACGGUUUCACAGUCAGGGACGGUUCCCGGCACGGUUAUUAUCGGUGAUCCAUUCACUACCAAUACCAUAACUACGUUCGUGUCUGGCCCAGCUUUCACGUCGACUGUUGCGUCCCAAUCGGGUACGGUGCCGGGUACUGUUGUCAUCGGCGAUCCUUUCGCUACUACUACGAUUACUACCUUCGUAUCCGGCCCCGGUUUCACGUCAACUAUUGCAUCGCAAUCUGGAACGGCUCCUGGCACCGUUAUUAUUGGUGAUCCAUUUACUACGAACACUGUAACUACGUUCGUGUCUGGCCCAGCCUUUACGUCGACUGUUGCGUCCCAAUCUGGAACGGUCCCUGGCACGGUUAUUAUCGGGGAUCCUUUCACUACCACCACUAUCACUACGCUAGUUUCUGGCUCUGGGUUCACGUCAACUGUUGCAUCCCAGUCUGGUACGGCACCGGGUACUGUUAUCAUCGGCGAUCCUUUCGCUACUACUACCAUCACUACCCUGGUGUCUGGGCCUGCUUACACGUCAACUGUUGCGUCCCAGUCAGGUACGGUACCGGGUACUGUCAUUAUUGGUGAUCCUUUCGCCACUACCACAAUCACUACCUUGGUAUCCGGUUCAGCUUAUACCUCCACCAUACCUCAAUCAGGCACUGUCCCUGGUACCGUUAUCAUUGGGGAUCCAUUUGCUACCACAACUGUUACGACUUUCGUGACUGGGCCAGCUUUCACCUCCACAAUUUCACAAUCAGGAACUGUUCCAGGCACCGUAAUUAUCGGGGACCCAUUCGCAACUACUACGAUUACAACAUUAAUUUCGGGCUCUCCAUUCACGACCACUAUACCUCAAUCUGGUACUGUGCCUGGUACGGUCAUUAUUGGGGAUCCAUUUGCUACCACAACUAUUACGACGUUUGUCAGUGGGCCAGCUUUCACCUCCACGGUAUCGCAGUCAGGAACUAUUCCAGGUACCGUGAUUAUCGGGGACCCAUUUGCUACCACAACCAUUACGACCUUCGUCACUGGGCCAGCUUUCACCUCGACGGUCUCACAGUCUGGUACAGUUCCAGGCACGGUUAUCAUUGGAGAUCCUUUCGCAACUACCACGAUCACCACACUAGUAUCUUCUCCAUUUACAACCACUAUUCCUCAGUCCGGUACUGUCCCAGGCACGGUUAUCAUUGGAGAUCCUUUCGCAACUACCACGAUCACCACACUAGUAUCUUCUCCAUUUACAACCACUAUCCCUCAGUCCGGUACUGUCCCAGGCACGUCCGGCACUGUACCGGGCACGGUUAUUAUUGGGGACCCUUUCGCAACCACCACGAUCACUACAUUGGUCUCGGGCUCUCCUUUUACAACUACUAUUCCACAGUCUGGCACGGUUCCAGGCACGGUCAUCAUUGGGGACCCUUUCGCAACGACGACGAUUACUACGUUGGUAUCGGGCUCUCCAUUUACAACCACUAUUCCCCAGUCCGGCACUGUACCGGGUUCUCCAUUUACUACUACUGUACCUCAGUCUGGUACUGUACCGGGUACGGUUAUUAUUGGUGAUCCAUUUGCAACCACCACAAUUACCACGUUGGUUUCGGGUUCUCCCUUCACAACCACAAUUCCACAGUCUGGCACGGUUCCAGGCACGGUUAUUAUUGGUGAUCCUUUCGCAACUACCACAAUUACCACGCUGGUAACAGGUCCUGGAUUCACAACUACUAUACCACAAUCUGGUACGGUCCCUGGUACGGUUAUUAUUGGGGAUCCUUUCGCAACUACCACAAUUACCACGCUGGUAACAGGUCCUGGAUUCACAACUACUAUACCACAAUCUGGCACUAUACCGGGUACGGUUAUCAUCGGGGACCAAGUGUCUACUGUGACAAUAACAACUUCGAUCCCUUCUGGCCCCGCCUUUACGUCCACGAUAUCUCAAUCUGGUACUGUACCGGGCACCGUCAUAAUUGGCGUGCCUACCAGCAGUUCGUCAAGCUCGACAAGCACAUCCUCCACUAGGAUCGAUACUAGCACCAACAACGUGGAACCGACCUUUGUAACUGUCAUCACAGUUAUUCCGACUGGUCCCGGAUUUACCACCACGAUCCCGCCAUCAGGUACUGUACCUGGUACGGUGAUUAUUGGGGACUCGGCGACCACUGUUACGAUCACAACCUUGAUCCCCACGGGCCCAGCGUUCACAUUGACGAUACCCCAAAGUGCUACUAUCCCAGGCACGGUCAUAAUUGGGGACCCGUUUUCUACGGUUACUAUUACCACAACUAUCCCAAGUGGCCCUGCUUUCACGUCAACUAUUGCGUCCCAGACAGGCACGGUACCAGGAACCGUUGUAAUUGGGGUGCCUGCAACGAGCACUUCGUCAACAUCCACGACUAGGAUCGAUACUAGCACUAACAACGUGGAGCCUACCUUUGUGACUGUCAUCACAGUCAUUGCCACUGGUCCCGGAUUUACAACGACGAUCCCGCCAUCAGGCACUGUACCUGGUACAGUUAUCAUUGGGGACUCGGCAACUACGGUUACCAUCACCACAAAUAUUCCUAGUGGCCCUGCUUUUACGUCAACGGUCGCGUCCCAGUCAGCUACUAUCCCAGGUACUGUUAUAAUCGGCGUACCUUUGACCAGCAGUACCUCGACAAGCACAAGCAGGACUGAUACUAGUACUAUGAGCGUGGAGCCAACCUUUGUGACUAUAACUACCAUAAUUCCUACUGGUUCCGGAUUUACAACAACGAUCGCGCCGUCAGGUACUGUGCCUGGUACGGUGAUUAUUGGGGACCCAGCAUCUACUGUCACCAUUACCACUAUUAUCCCUACCGGCCCUGACUUCACCUCGACCAUCUCGCAGUCUGGUACUGUCCCGGGUACCGUCAUUAUUGGACAGACAUCCACGGGCUCUGUCGCUCCCGUAACCACCACUACCGAGUCCUCUACCAUAUCUGUGGCCCCAGAGACAGAGACAGAGACUGUCACUCAGCCCGUAACCCAAACGGAGAUAAGCACAGCCACCAGCGUUGUCACUACACUCGUGCCGACAACUACUACACUGACGCUCAUCUCAACCGCUGUGGUGCCCACUACGGUUACUUUCGAUCGGACAAGCACAGCGACGUCGUUUGUGUCGAUAACCUUCUCCACCGUGUCAACUUUUGUUACUAGCGUCCCAGUGACAAUCACCACGACUGCUACACAGGAUGUGACAUUUACUCAGGUCCCGACAACCGCCCCUGAAACGUCGACAUCGGAGAUCGAAACGACCCCUACCGAGUCUUCGACGAGUUCUGAGGCCGCAACCACUACACCCCCAACAUCUACUCAGACCGAGCAACCUACCACGACGGAAACCGAAACGAGCGAGACUGUAUCCACUACCGAGGUUUCCUCUAGCUCAGUUGGCCCGACCACCGUGGUGUACCCUACACAGACCACCGAGACCGAAGCCGAAACGUCCACCUCGUCUAUGGAGCCUGUCUCUUCAAUGACUGGGGAGCCGACCGAUACAACUACGUACAUUUACCCAACGUACUCAACACCGAUGACCACCGAAACUGAGGCCGAGACAUCCACUUCGUCCAUGGAGCCUGUUUCUUCGAUGACAGAAGAGCCAACUGACACGACUACUUACGUUUACCCAACGUAUUCUCCGCCCGUCUCGACCGAUACCGAAGAGCCUGCCACGUCGACGUACGCUGUGCCCUCGUCCACGGACACAAUGAACCCGAUCACGGAGCCUACGACUACCGACACUGCAACCAAACCUACAUAUACUUCGACAUAUACUUACACAACAGUAUACAACACUUACGGUGAAUUGACCACCGAGACCAAGACCAAGACGACUACCUGGUGCCCUGGAGAAACAGAGCCUUCGGAGUGGUAUCAGACCAAGGAGCACCACGGUGGCUAUCCGGAUGAAGACCCGGCUACCAAGCCGUACCCUGGCGGAGCUGAACACCCCGAGCUGUACCAGACCAAAGACCAUCAGGACGGUUACCCUGCCCCGUACAAAGUCGACCCCACCGGCCCGGCUGAGAAGCCAACUUACACGGCCACGUACACCCAAUCGACCACUUAUACGAUCACCUCGUGCCAUCCAACUGUCACGAAGUGUGCGCUGGGCCAGAUUACCAGCGAGACUCACACUGUGACAACUACGUGGUGCCCUGGAGAGAACGGUGCUGCGGACCCCGUCGGACCGCACCCCUUACCCACGGCAACAGACCAUGCCGGUGGUUAUCCUGGGGCUGAGCCAGGGAAGCCGGCAGAGACCCAUCCUCUCGGUGCACCUCCUCACCCUCCUGUCCCUGCGGAUGGCCCCCACGCUCCAGGAGAGGGGGAACCAGCGAAGCCUAUGGGUCCUUCACCCGCUGGCUACGGCACUGCCGCCAAAGACCCGGCUUAUCCCGUCCCGACCUUGCUCCCGUCAACCUUCAAGGUCUCCAAACAACCUGCCGCUUCAGAUGCAUACAAGUCCGGAGCCGGUCCAAUCCCUUCUGCUGCGCCUGAAGGGUCUCAUGGUGCCGCUCCUGGCUCGGCCGCACCUAGUGGCAAGCCCGAAGACGGCGCGAAGCCUGGCCAAACCGGCACAUCCAAAGCCGAUCCUGCCGGGACCAAGGGAUCUGAACCUACCACGGCACCGUACAAGCCAGCAGAGGUUCCUGCCGGAGCUCCCAGUCUUCAUGUCUCGAUUGCAUUUUCCUUGUUCAGUCUUGUUGCGUAUCUCCUUUGUUUUGAGGCAUGA